AUGGCACGCAUCAACCAACGACCCAUUAUUUUUGCGCUCUCGAAUCCCACAAGUAAAGCUGAAUGUACAGCCGAGGACGCCUAUCGAAUAACAAACGGCUCUGUACUGUUUGCUUCUGGGUCACCAUUCGAGAACGUGGAGAUGGACGGAAGGAUCUUCAAACCGGGUCAAGGCAACAAUGCGUACAUUUUCCCAGGUGUAGCACUCGGAGCAAUUCUCUUCAAGGCCAAGCACAUCCCGGACAAAGCGUUCCUAUUGGCGGCACGAAGAUGUGCGAAUUUCGUGACAGAAAAGUCGUUGAACACGUAUGCUCGUUUGUACCCUCGAUUGAAAGAUAUCCGUGAGCUGUCUGUUCUGAUCGCUAUUGAUGUAGGGAACUAUCUUUUCAAACACAAUCUAGCCACUCUUCACCCCGAACCAGAAGACAAGCCUAAUGUUACGCGGUUUGAGAAGAUGACCGCACAU